AGCAUGUGUGCCUGGAUGAUAGACAGCUAUGGCAAUAAAGAGCAAAGGGAAAAGUUUUGUCCUGAUCUCUGUUCUAUGGAGAAGUUUGCCUCCUAUUGUCUCACUGAACCAGGCAGCGGCAGCGAUGCUGCUUCUCUUCUGACCUCUGCUCAGCGGAAAGGCGACCAUUACGUAUUGAAUGGCUCAAAGGCCUUCAUCAGUGGAGGAGGAGACACAGAUGUCUACGUCGUGAUGUGCAGAACUGGAGGUAAAGGACCUAAAGGUAUCUCAUGUCUGGUGGUGGAGAAGGGAACCCCCGGCCUCAGUUUUGGCAAAAAAGAAAAAAAGGUGGGCUGGAACUGUCAGCCGACCAGGGCCGUGAUAUUUGAGGACUGUGCGGUUCCAGUGGCGAACCGGCUCGGUGAGGAAGGACAGGGCUUCAACAUCGCAAUGAAAGGCCUGAAUGGAGGCAGGAUUAACAUUG